AAUCCACGUCGUCAUUAGUCUUCUGCACCGUACAGAAGAGCCAAUCAAGAAUGUGUGGCACAACGGUACUUGCCGCCACGACACUGGCAGUGAUAUUAGCACUGUAUGCGCCCAGCGACGCUGCCACCAGCCAAAAAUACACUGCGAUGGGAAACCUGCAGACAGUGAUUCACGGAGAAUCGCUAUUCUCCACCGACAUUGAUGAGAACCGAAAAACGACUGGAGUUUUGUGGUGUCAAGUACGCGAAGGCACAAUUCACUACAAGCCAACGUGGGCUCGAUUCGUUCGAAUUCGCGAUCAAAAGCAGUUCCGAGCCGACAUUGGACUUGACGACGAUAAAGCGUAUUUGCAUUUUGGACAGUCGAAGGCCGACGCGUCGGGAAAAUAUCGUUGUGAGAUUAAGGUGCCCGACAAUUCGAUUAUCAUUGGAAACAUGUUCGCUUAUUCUCAUCCAGUUGUGAAGAACAAUGAGACGUGGGAAUUGAAAAAAUCGGAAUCCGAGCCGUUUACUGUGGUGGGCCCAGCCGUCUACGCGCCUCUCGACUCGGCCGCCCGUAUCCAAUGCCCCAUCGUCGGCUACCCGGAGCCCCAAAUUGUCUGGUAUAAGGACAAGUUCCCGCUGGAGAUUGAGGGCCGCGUCAAAUUCACGGCCGGCGUGUUGAGCAUCGAAGGAGCCCAAGAAGAGGACGCCGGUGUGUACCGUUGCGAGGCAACAAACCAGUUCCCUGUGCAAAUCGACGGACCCGAGCAACAUUUCGCCGUGAAACUCGAUCAGGAGUUGCGAAUCGGAGAUUCCUACGGAUGGAUGCUGCCACUUGCGAUCAUUCUCAUCAUCCUGCUCCUGCUCUUCCUCGUCAUCUUCACGUGCCAGCGAUGUGCCAAGUACAAGGCUGAUCAGUAUAACGUGGCGGAUCGUGAGCGAGCUCUUCACAACGAUCAAGUGCCGUUGAAGAAUAGCGUCUAAUUUCUUUCAUCUCGGGUUUCAGAAUGUCCCAUGUCGUUUUGAUCUCCGAAAAUCGCGGGAAUUUAGGAAAUAUUAAUUUCUGUGAAAAAAGUUCCCGCAUUUUUUUGUUGAUCAAACCACCGUUGUGGGACAUCCUGUCACCACUUUUUGUUUCGUAAUUUUUUCAUAAUUUUGUAAUGCUCAAAAGCUCCACCAAUUACCCCCCGAUAUCCCUCACUGCCACCCACACUUAUAUGUUCCUUUAAUCUUUUUUCGAGGCACCACGGUGUCAAGAUCCUGUGGGAUUCUGUGAUCUACCAUUUUUACGAUGCUCCGAUAUUACGCUUGUCGUGCGCGUUGUUUAUCGUUUUCCAGAAAUUUUUCUUUCAAAAAAAAGGACAAAAAAAAAAUUCUCAACACGCUAAACAACGCGCGCGAUGCGUAUAAUCGGAGCAUUGUUGCCUCGAUUUUCAGAGAUCUCGUUCUCAUAGAUCUUGAAUCCGUGGUGACUCCUCAAAAUUCAAGAAAUUUCACUUUUCUCCCCGAUUUAUAUGUAAAAGUAGGUGUUUUUGCGACAUUUUAUAUGCAUCUUAAUCCCCACCCACCACCCCCCAACUUUGAAGCCGGUAUCCACCCCCAUCACCUAACUUCUCCGCUUUUUCUGCUUUUUCCGGUAAGGUUUGACCUUCUUUCUAAUGGUUCUUUUUUUUUGAAAUACUGAAAUUAAAAUUUUUUC